AUGAUCAACAUGAACGGUAACGACAUGCCCAUCAAACAAGAGGGCGUAGGAGCGCCCACUGGAGUCUGGACUACCCCGACGUCCCAGGGCAUGCGGCCCCGUCCUGCUACUAUCCACGAGGGCUUCUCUUACAGCUUGGGCGACGACUACGGCGCCCUCACCUCGUGGGACUCUUCGCCCCUUCCGAUGCAGCAGACUCCAAGCGACGCCAUGUCCCGCCCCGUCUCGGUUCACCAGCAAGACUUCUACCCCGUCACCACGAUGGAGAAUAUACUACCAGACUGGAACCACAAGCCCUGCGAGGAAACCUUUGAAUUCCCCAACCUGGACACUGAUAUGAUUGGCCAAGCGUACACUUCGGAUGAGGCUAUUCCCGUUCUUGACUUGAGAUACCAGCAACAAGAAGGCGAGCCUUUCAACUUCGACUGUGGCCCCAACCCAAGGCGCAUGUCGGGCUCAUCCUUCACCAUGUCGACAUCCGGUGCUCUAUCCGACAUGCCAUCCUACGAAGACUUCUCCGCUGCUCUGUCAGAGGCACCGUCAUUCAGUUCAGAUUACCCCCCGCCGUCUAACCGCAAUUCGCUGAUGUCGUCGACGCAACUAUCGCCCGUGGCGUCUCCUCGAAUGACCCCUCAAAGCCGAUCUGAACUCGUCAGGACCCAGAGCCGUGGCCGCGCCUCUCCAUCACCACGUCCGGGAAUGCGAUCUGCUCCGUACAGCGUUGAGCGUGGAACGACAAAGAGAUGGUCGACAGGAUCGUAUGGAACCCAACAGAAUCGGCGUCAAACACCGUUCGUGUUCCAUCCCGGUCACGACGCCUUCGGUGCUCACCAGCGCAUGUCUUCUAGACACUCGUCGCCCACUAUCCAGCAUCAGCAGGUCCCUCUCAACUUCACCAACCUCCAAGCAGCCCAGCAGCACCACCCGUUCAUGAUGGCUGCCCAGCCGCAGUACCAGAGGAACAGCAUGAACAGCAUGCUCUUGCCAUCCCAGUUGCCGUCCAACGGCUUCCAUCCCGAUGCCCAUCACUUCGAGGCCCCGCCGCCGCUACUGUCCCAUGGCCUCUUCCGUAUGCUUCAGAGCAAUGCCGACCCCCAUUCUCUUCACAGCCACUACACGGACCUGUCAGACCCGCCCGACCUCUACGCUUCGUUGCACGAGGAACAGAUCCCGCCUCCACCUGAAGACAUGAACCCGUCCGACCCGGAUCUCGUCCCGCACGAGCAAGAACUGCGGUUCGAGGGCGACCUAUACACCCCUAGAUGGGUGAGGGGCCACGGCAACAAGCGUGAGGGAUGGUGCGGAAUUUGCAAGCCCGGCCGCUGGUUGGUGCUCAAGAACUCGGCAUUCUGGUACGACAAGUCGUUCACCCACGGCAUCAGCGCCGCCACCGGCAACCCGUUCCAGGAGCCCCAGGAGACUCGCAGAAUGGACGGUAACCCGGACGUCUGGGAAGGGUUGUGCGGCAGCUGCAAUGAUUGGAUUGCACUCGUUAGCAGCAAGAAGAAGGGCACCACGUGGUUCAGACACGCCUACAAGUGUCACACCCACCCUAAGAUCAAGGACGCGCCAAAGCGUCGACGGGAGAGCAACCACAACCGCAACUUGGCGGCGUCUCAGAUGGCCAAGCCAAAGGUUGAGCCGCAACAACAGUCGGCGACUUCCAUGCCACAGCAGGCCCCAAUCACACCCCAGAUGACCCCGUCGGCGGUGGCCGGCACAAACACGCCGACGCCCGCUCAGAUGCAACAGCAGCACCAUCACCAACAACACCAACACCUUCAACAGGUGCCGCCGCCCAUGCCACAGAUCCAUGCACAAAUGGGAGCGAGCCACGGACAGUCGGGGAAUGUCAUCAAUCCUUUGGAGGGCAUGCCUGGCAUGAUUUGA